AUGCACACGGGCGUAUCCGACACCGACCAGGAGAGACCGAUGCUGAUCGUCCCCGAACGCGAAAUCGCCGACCUGAUGACGCGGCAGGCCGCCUUUGACGCCGUCGAAAAGGUCUUCGCCGCCAUGGCGACGGGCGAUGCCUACAAUUUCCCUGUCGUGCGCGAGGCCAUUGGCCAUGUCGACGCGCUCUACGGUUUCAAGGGCGGUUUCGACCGUGCCGGCAUGACGCUGGGCCUGAAGGCCGGCGGAUACUGGCCGCAAAACCUCGAGCGCCACGGCAUCAUCAACCACCAGUCGACGGUGUUCCUGUUCGAUCCCGAUACGGGCCGCGUUUCGGCGAUGGUCGGCGGCAAUCUCCUGACCGCGUUGCGCACCGCUGCCGCCUCGUCCGUGUCGAUCAAGCAUCUCGCCCGCGACGAUGCCAAGGUGAUCGGCAUGAUCGGCGCCGGCCACCAGGCCACUUUCCAGCUUCGCGCCGCGCUUGAGCAGCGCGCCUUCGAAAAGGUCAUUGGCUGGAACCUUCACCCCGAAAUGCUGCCCAACAUCGAAAAGGUCGCCGGUGAAGCCGGUCUGCCGUUCGAGGCGGUCGAACUGGACGGCAUGGCGCAAGCCGACGUGAUCAUUUCAAUCACCUCGUCCUUCGAUGCGAUCCUGAAGGCCGACCAGGUUUCCGCCGGCUGUCAUCUGGCCUGCAUGGGCACCGACACCAAGGGCAAACAGGAGGUCGAACCGCAGCUUCUGGCCCGCGCCAGCGUUUAUACCGACGAGGUGGCGCAAUCGGUUUCCAUCGGAGAGGCACAGCACGCGGUCGCCGAGGGCCUGAUAUCGGAAAGCGAUGUCGGCCAGAUCGGCGCGGUGAUCAACGGCACCGAUCCGGGCCGUUCGUCCGACGACCAGAUCACGCUGUUCGACGGCACCGGCGUCGGACUUCAGGACCUUGCCGUGGCCGCCGCCGUCGUGGAACUGGCGGUCGAAAAAGGCAUCGCCAUCGAGGUCGAUUUCUAG